CUGCGCUCCAGCCCGGCCGGGAAGCAGCAGCGGCAGCGCCGUUGUCGCCAGCAGCAGCAGCAGCGUCUGAGGCUGCAGCUGCUGGCAGCUCCACAACACGAGCGCCCUCCCCAGCAGCUGCAGCAGCCGCUCCUCGUUCGCCUCCUGCAUCGCAGCAACAGCAACCGCAGCAACAAACCUCGCCAACGCCCCUCACACCCUCACCAUCACAUGCCUCACCGCCGUUGCCCUCAUCCUCAUUACCGCCCCCAAAGCCCUCGGACCCCAACUUACCAUCGCCGUCACCCUCACCGCCACCGUCACCAUCCUCGCACUCCCAGCAACACCCCAAUCCCCAAACCGAAUCCCAGGCAGCAACCGCCGCCGCCGUCUCCCAUGCAUCCUCCUCAGCCGCCGCUGAAAAGGCAAAGCAGGCAGCCGCAGCGGCGACAGACGCACUGCGCUCGCGAUGGGCUGCCAUACAAAGCAGUGAAGCUGCCGCCGCGGCUGCGAGUGCCGUACACACAAGCAUGGCAGUCGCCGCUGGUGCCGUACAUGCAAGCAUGACUGCCGUACAUUCUGCCCUCGGUCGUACGGCUAGGGUUCUGUUGUCACGUGCGAUGGAGCUGGGUGUGAAGCUGAAUGAGGUGACUGGCUACACCGUGAUUGAGCAGCUGAAGGUCAAGGUGGGCGAGGCGGAUGCGGGUCUAGCCCGGGCUCGUGAGGCCCUGCGGUCCAGCAAGGCGCUGUACGAGGCACGCAUGGCG